AGUACACUGUCAAAUCUAUGAUAUUUACCUCAGACUAAUAAAUUAUUACUCUGAGAUAUUUACAUUUGAUUAAUAUUAACCAAAAUGAAGCUUCUCAAAUUAUAAUUCUAUACAAACAUAAGUUAUCAAAAUGGAGGAUUUUGUGGAAGAGUAUUGCAGAUUAUGUCUAAGUGUUGUAAAAGAUGGACAUUUUAAAGAGAUACAAGCUGUUACGAAGGAUAUUUUAGACGUUCUCUUACUGAAAUUGAAUUUUGAAGAAAAAAGCAGGCAUGUAAUGUGCAACGUUUGUUCACUGAAUGUAAUGGAGGCAUUCAAAUUCAAGUCGAUGUGUCUCUAUACUGACAACACCAUAAUUCCUUAUGUUGACGAUGAAGCAGGAUGUUCUGUCGACUUAAUAAAGAUUUACGUUAAGGAAACAGGAAAUGAACAAUUAACUGCCAUAUUAGAUGAGUAUAAAGUUUGUAGGUUAUGUAUGCACCUAAUAAAGGGCAAGUUUAUAUCGGUACAUAAAAUGGAGAUUGAUAUGAUCGAGAAGUAUAUUCCAGAAAUAAAUUUCAGUGUCGUGGAAGAUUCCGUUAUUUGCAGACAAUGUUUUGAUUCCUUCAGAACCCACAGUAGCUUCAUAAAGAACUGCCUAGAAGUAGAAGAAAGAAUUAUGAGUACUCAUAAAACAGAAGUUUCUGGUAAUUUGAUCUGGACUUUGUCGUCAGAUUUGGUUGUAAAAACUGAGGAGAUUGAUAUAAAAUCUGAAGGAAGCGAGCAAGAAGAGCAAUUGCUUGAAAUUUAUCCUGUCUCACCGAAACUUAAAGAUAAAGCGACCUUGAAUAAAACCGAGAAUGUUCCUAUAAAAUCAGAUGGCGAUAAAGGGAGUGAUGCACCUAUGGCCGUUCCAGCACAUGAUAUUUCCAAAGUAAAACACAGCAAAUCUACACCCAGGACACGUAUAACGAAACUUAAGCAAAAGAAAAACGAGCACAGGUGUGUAAAAUGUGACUACAAAACAUUAAACAAGAACUAUCUAGCAAUUCACCAGUCAGUGCACGGUGAGACUCCCGCAGCGCAGAUACACAAAUGUGACACAUGUGAUUAUACGACCAUUCACAAAAGUAACCUCGCGCGCCACCAGAUAAAACAUAAGGAUCCCUCGGAAGUCGUGACAUUCAAAUGUGACACAUGCAAUUAUGAAACCAAUUGCAAAAGCUCCUUUACAGAACACACAUUGACGCACAAAAAGUGUUCCGAAGUGCAAAUGCUCAAGUGCAUUUACUGCCAGUACGAGACGAAAUCUAAGAGGGGCAUAAGACGUCACGUCUUAACCCACGAACGAAGACUGCUCGAUCCCAAGGAAGCUACGAAGAUAAAGCGUAUGUUACAACUCAAGAAACCGUUUUCUGUUAAAAAGUUCACCUGCGAGACGUGCGACUUCACGACGUUGAACAAGUCGAAGUUCUCCGAUCACCAGCUGAGGCACAAAGGGGAGAAACCCUACGGAUGUAAUGAGUGCGAGUACAGAGCAUUGAAAAAGAAUUUUCUCAAGUUACACAUGUUGUCGCACAGGAAGCCAUCGGAAGUACCCUUGUACAAAUGUGACAAGUGUGACUAUGAAGUGAGAUAUAAGAGCAGCCUUAUAAAUCACCAGCUAAUACACAAAAGUACCUCCGAGAUACAGAUGAACAAAUGCCUGUACUGCGACCACGAAACAAAAAAAAAGGCGGGUCUGAAGGAGCACAUCAUAUACUGUCACAGAAGUAAACUGUUCGAUCCCGAGGAAAAUUUGAGGAUAAAGCACGUCUUAAAACUCAGAAAACUCAUAACCGUGAAAAUGUACAAAUGUGAUAAGUGUGAUUACGAGACGGUAUACAAGAGGCAGUUCCUGUGUCACCAGUCGAAGCACGGCAUAGUGAAUUUACGCUAUCCAUGUGACGAGUGCAGUUACUCAACGAUAUACAAGAGCCACUUGGCGGUCCAUCAACUGUCGCACAGGAAAGCAUCGGAGGUGCCGGCAUACAAGUGUGACGUGUGCUUUUUCCAAACUAAAUACAAACGGAGUUUGGACUUACAUGACUUGAAGCAUAGGAAUCCCCCAAAGGAGGAAAUGUACCAGUGUGGAAAGUGUAGCUAUGCGAGCAAGUACAAGAACAAUUUAGUGGCACAUCAGCUGAAGCACAAAGGUCAUUCAGAGGUUCGGACGUACACGUGUGAUAGGUGUGGUUUCAAGACCAAGCGUAAGUGUGAACUCGUGGUUCAUCUGUCAAAACCCAAGCGGUGCCGAGGUGCAAGGAAGUGAGUGUGUGUUUCGGACUGCUGUAUGUACACAGGGGGUAAAAAUUGAUACUUACUGUUACAUGCCCUAUAAUAUUUUUAUUAUAUACAUUACCAAGAAUAUUCGAUUUUAUUUUGUCACCAACAUAUUGAGGAAAGUGCAUGUUUUUGAAAGAAUGUGAAGUAUCCUAUUUUAGCGAUUUAAGGAGCAUUGGGUAUUUUGACACCUGUGAAAAAUAUUUAAAAAAUUAAGGAAAUAAAACGAUGCCCCAAAAGGAUUAGUGAACCAUUAUUUUUAUGAAAAUAAUUUUACCUAACCGAAGAUCUCGCACUGAAAA